CCUCCCGCGCACACACGGCCAUGGCGGAGGCCUCCUCGCUAGAGAGGCGGAGCCCUGGCCUGGCCUCUUGCCUCUCUCACAGCCUGUGCCCCGGGGAGCCCGGCUUGCAGACCACAGCAGUGGUGUCCAUGGGGUCCGCGGACCAUCAGUUCCACCUGGCGGAGAUCCUGUCUCGGAACUACGGCGUCCGGGAGGAGCAUGAGGGGGCUGCGCGGGGCCCGGAGAAGUCGGAGGAGGAGCUAGAGAAGGACUUCGUCUCCCAGAGCAGCGACAUGCCCCUUGACGAGCUGCUGGCCCUCUAUGGCUACGAGGCCUCGGACCCCAUCUCGGAGCGCCAGAGCGAGGGCAGCGACGCCGCAGCCAACCUCCCGGACAUGACCCUGGACAAGGAACAAAUAGCGAAGGAUUUGCUUUCAGGGGAAGAAGAGGAAGAAACACAGUCCUCAGCCGAUGACCUCACCCCAUCUGUGACCUCCCAUGAGGCCUCUGACCUUUUCCCUAAUCAGAGUGGACCCCGCUUCCUGCCUGAUGCAGACAAGGAGCCUGGCUCCUCCAGCUCAUCCGACACCGAGGAGGACCCGCUUCCCGCCAACAAGUGUAAGAAGGAGAUCAUGGUUGGGCCUCAGUUCCAAGCCGACCUCAGCAAGCUGCACUCGAACCGCCAGGGUGAGAAGAUCUAUGAGAAUGAAGACCAGCUGCUCUGGGACCCCAACAUCCUUCCUGAGAGGGAGGUGGAGGAGUUCCUGUACCGGGCGGCGAAGCGGCGGUGGCACGAGGUGGCUGAGUCUCAGCUCCCGGAGGGAGAGGCAGUGAAAGACAGCGAGCAGGUGGGCGGCCCUGGGGGUGGAGGAGCCGUGGGGCGGGGGCCAGCGUGGUUGUGUGAUUGUGACGAAUUCAAGGGAAACCACUUGUCCUGGGCAAUGGUGGCUCCCCUCCCCCAGGCACUGUAUGAGCUGGUGAAAUGCAACUUCAAUGCCGAGGAGGCCCUGCGGAGGCUGCGGUUCAACGUGAAGGUGAUCCGAGACGGGCUGUGCGCCUGGAGCGAGGAGGAGCGCCGCAACUUCGAGCACGGCUUCCGUGUGCACGGCAAGAACUUCCACCUGAUCCAGGCCAACAAGGUGCGCACACGGUCUGUGGGCGAGUGUGUGGAGUAUUACUACCUGUGGAAGAAGUCUGAGCGCUACGACUACUUCUCCCAGCAGACGCGGCUGGGCCGCCGGAAGUACGGCCCGUCGGGAACCACGGACGCGGACCAGGACUUGGACGGCGGUGACGCCGAUGGCCCUGGCCGCCCCCGCUCCUCGCCGCCCCUGCCUCUGCCUGCCACUGCCGACGGCCCGGGCCCUGAGCGGGACCCCCUGGCCCGGAUGCGCACCGAGCCCCUGAGUGUGGGCAGCAGCACGUCUGGGAGUCUCGGCGAGCCCGGGGAGGCCCCCGACGGCCCCCCGUCCUCGGAGCCAGGGCCCUGUUCGUUCCAGCCACUGGACGUAGACGCGCCCUCGGCCGUGCCCUUGCCUCGGCGGCCCCCAGCCCUGGCUGAGCCGGCCUUCUACUCCCCCACCACGGCCGCUCCAGAGCCCGGUGCCAGCCCAAGGCUGGCUGUGGACUUGGCCCUGCCCGGGGCCCUCCCCGAGGAGCUGCCCCUCAUCUCCAGCCACGUGGAUAUGGACGGAGAGCCCGAGGAGGCCGUGGCCCCCGCACAGGUGGCUUUGUCGGUUGCCGAGUUUGGACUCAUCGGCAUCGGGGAUGUGAAUCCCUUCCUGGCCGCCCACCCCGCGUGCCCGGCCCCUGGGCUGCACUCGGAGCCCCUGUCACACUGUAACGUGAUGACCUGUUGAUCCCUGGCCACAGGCGGGCGUGUGUGGCCCAGAUCGGACUUGGGGCCGCCGUGAGGCCUGCCUGUCAGUCUUCCUGACCCUCCCCUCCUCGCGGGCCUCCGGUAGCUCCUCUGCUCGGAGCACGUCAAGGACCGGGCUGAGCGGUGGCCCCUCCGCACGCCACACACGCACCAGCACCGCUGCCUGGCUCCAGCCUCUGCGCCCACCACAGGACCGGUCGGGCGGCUGGGCGCUGAGGGCUGGCCCAUCCAGCCAGCAGAGGCGAGGAGGGCGUCCCGGCCCCGCCAGGGACGUGGGGAGGUGGGGCCGGACGCCGCCCCUACCAGCAGCCUCCGCCGGCACCCUCGGCGCUCUGCUCGCCCGUCUCCCUGCGCCGGGCCGGACUGCGGGCUGCCCCGCCCAGGGCUCAGGGGGCAGCUGCUACUCGGUGCCCAACCCUGUGGGGCACAGAGCCAUAUACCUCGAUGUCGGCCUGCCCCGCCCUGACGUCCACCCGCUCUCUCCACUUCAGGAAAAGCCGCACUUUACGCCCCCACCCCACCCCCACCCCGGGGCCCCCGGCAGCCUCGGGCGUGGGUCUGAGGACGCAGAACUCACAGCCCCUUGGUACCGAGGCCUGUCGCCUGCCGCACGGAGGGGCCCGGCUCCAGCCCGUUUCCCUGACCCCCUAGGUCGUGUUUCUGUUGAGGCUUCCCAGCAAGACGGCUUGGGGUUCUGGGCCUUCUCCUCUCCAGCCUCCUCGUUUUAUUUAUGUUUCUGUUUACAAAUCGGAGUGGGGUCCUUCAGGGGCAGGGCAGCGCUCCCGGCCCCGGUGUCACCAAGGGGGGCUUUGGCUCGAGCCUGUCCGCAGGGCCGGACUCGACCUUCCCUCGGACCACCAAGGACCGCACUGUGAAGUGACAACUGCCUUGACCCCCUUGCUGUUUUAUUUAUUAAACUUGAUUUGAAGCCC